AUGCCUGAGCUUGGUGAAGGCAGGCCUUCCUAUUGGAGAUUGGCUAAUGUCUCCCGAUCUACCUUAUUAGAAGCAUCUCAUCACCCUAGUUUUUAUGUAACUCGUAGAUGCAGAAAGCUUUUGGGGGUCACAAAGCAGAUUGGUGGAUCUAUGCAUGAAUUUGCGGCAAAAGUUGAUGAAUAUGCUCGAGGAAUGAUCAGCGGAUCCAACUCAUCCCUGUUCGAAGAGCUAGGGCUCUACUACAUAGGACCAGUUGAUGGCCAUAAUUUGGAUGAUCUAAUCACCAUUCUUAAGGAAGUGAAAAGCACCAAAACAACUGGACCAGUUUUAAUUCAUGUUGUGACCGAGAAAGGAAGAGGGUAUCCUUACGCUGAGAGAGCAGCAGAUAAGUAUCAUGGUGUGGCCAAAUUUGAUCCAGCUACAGGGAAGCAAUUCAAAGGAAGUGCCAAGACUCAGUCUUAUACCAAUUACUUUGCUGAGGCUCUUAUAGCAGAAGCAGAAGCGGACAAGAACAUUGUUGCAAUACAUGCUGCUAUGGGCGGGGGAACAGGACUCAACUACUUCCUCCGCCGCUUUCCAAACCGUUGCUUUGAUGUGGGAAUUGCAGAGCAGCAUGCUGUCACUUUUGCUGCUGGCUUAGCUUGUGAGGGAUUAAAGCCAUUUUGUGCAAUCUACUCUUCUUUCCUUCAGCGAGCUUAUGAUCAGGUGAUACAUGAUGUGGACUUGCAGAAGCUCCCUGUGAGGUUUGCUUUAGACCGUGCGGGCCUUGUUGGGGCUGAUGGACCUACACAUUGUGGAUCAUUUGAUGUAACUUACAUGGCAUGUUUGCCGAAUAUGAUAGUGAUGGCUCCUUCUGAUGAGGCAGAACUGUUUCACAUGGUGGCCACAGCAGCAGCUAUUAAUGACCGACCAUCGUGUUUCCGAUAUCCAAGGGGAGAUGGCAUUGGAAUUCCUCUGCCACCAGGAAACAAAGGUGUGCCGAUUGAGGUAAUUCUUAAGGAGAAUCAUGCAACUAUUCUUCAUCAUUUAUGUGUCUGAGCUUUGGCUAAUGAGUAUUUUGAAGUAAAAUGGCAUUUACGCCUAA